AUGGCGAAUGAUUUCCCGUCAUCUGACUUCGACCCAGCACUACAUCUUCAUUCCGAACCACCAGAGAUUAUACUUCAAACCGAGCCAGACCUUGAUUCAUUUGCCGACGACAUCGAGGCGCUACAACAGCGGCGCUUGGAGAUUGCUGAAGAAAAUCGACGUAAGGGAGUCGUGAUUCAGCAUCGCUCUUGGAAUCUAUCGGAUGUGUUUCGAAGUGACGACGACAUACAACCACUCACUCCAACGAAGUCCUUGAAUUACCCUCAACUAGGCAAAGGUCUCAUUAUAGAAAAUUUCCUUCCUUCCACACCGCCAACGGCAAUGGCGCCGUCCAUAUCUGCGGAGUCCGCUCUUACGCCUAGUCCUUCAUUGACAGAUCCCCGAAAGAGAAAGUUAGAAUCGACAUUGCCGGAGGAGGACUUGAAACGGCAAAAAAUUGUUGUCGACAAUCAAUUGAGCUCGUUGCAAGAAACAAAUUUAGAUAGCAAUGACCAUAAUGGACCAAGAAUGAUAGGCGGAUUCAUCGAUGACGAUGAUGACGACGAUGAGGAUGCAUUGGCUGAAUUAGGACGGUAUGAAAACGGAAUUUACUCAUUUCAGAAUACGGAAUAUGGAAAACAGACAGAAAAAUCAUUGCCGGAAAAUGUACCCAAUCAGAAGACUCAUGGACCAUUCGUCGAAGAUGAGGAUGAAGAGGAAGAGGAUAGUACCAAUGCGCUAAGGGAUACAUCUGCGAACAGCGAUGCCACUUUGCUCCGAAUGAUGUCUAAUUCGGCCCCCAUAAUUUCGUUAGGGUCAGAUGGUACGUCAUUGGAAAGGGGAAAGCCUAUCACUAUCAAGACUUGCUCGGGGAAAACACUUCGAGUCCAACCGCGCCAGCGUGCAAGCGCUCCAUCAUACGAGAGGAUUGUUGCCAGUCGCUCAAAGACGGCUGCCGGAAAAGCUCAGCGCAGCUACUACGGAAUUGAAAUCCACCGGUUAUUGGACCAUGCUGCCAGUGAGAUAAAGGAGGAUAUGAACCGCAAGCGAGAACAACUGCACAUUGAACAUUCCAUCGAAACACCGGUAAUUGGAAAGUCCAAGAAGAAUUAUGCCAAUCCAAUGUGGACGGAAAAAUAUCGUGCUCGAAGAUUUGCAGAUCUCAUUGGAGACGAGCGGACUCAUAGAUCAGUCUUACGAUGGCUUAAGGGAUGGGAUCCAGUUGUCUUCCCAGGUCUUGCUCGGUCGAAGCCGAUGAAAACGGCCGCCGAAGAGGGCGAACGAAUACACCGGAAGAUUCUCAUGUUGGCCGGUCCUCCAGGUCUAGGCAAAACUACCCUAGCUCAUGUUUGUGCACAACAGGCAGGUUAUGAAGUCCUGGAGAUUAAUGCUAGUGAUGAACGUAGCAGGGAUGUCGUCAAAGGUCGCAUCAGAGAUGCGGUUGGGACAGAGAACGUGAAAAGCGUAAGUGUUAAUGCUAACUCAAGCAAGGCCAUCAAACCCAGUCGUCCCGUUUGCGUUGUCGUGGAUGAGGUUGAUGGUGUUGUUGGCGGUUCAGGCUCGGGUGGUGAGGGCGGUUUUAUCAAAGCUCUCAUUGAUCUAGUCAUGACAGACCAAAAGAAUUCUGCUCGGACUAGUGAAAUUGUAUCAUUCAAGGGAAAAAGAAGAAAAGGCGACGAUUUCCGUCUGUUGCGGCCCAUAAUCCUCAUUUGCAACGAUGCGUAUCAUUCCAGUCUAAGGCCACUUCGCACUUCUAGCAUUGCUGAAGUGAUACACGUUCGACAAGUGCCGAUGGAAAAUGUCAUACAGCGUCUAAAGAUAAUAUUGACAAAAGAGAAUAUCCAAUAUGACGGUGAUGGAGUCAGAAGACUUUGCGAAGCAUCCUGGGGUAUGACUGCCAAGAAAGACCGCACCGAAAAGAAUCGCGGUGUUGGCGAGGGCGACAUACGAAGCAUUCUAGUCUCAGCGGAGUGGGUUGUGCGUAAACUUCGAGCUUUUCCAACAGCAGCACCUCGUUUGACCAAACGUUGGUUAGAGGAGAACAUCCUCAACGACGCCCAAUCUAGUGGAUAUUCCAAGGGGCUCGGAAGAGGUGGAGUUCGAGAGAUUACAGAUCGCGUCUUCAUCGAAGGUGCUGGCUUCCCACUAGCGCCUAUUGGCAUUGACUCGUUUAAUGACCCUUUUGAUCAGGAGAAAACCAAAACUCCAGUGGGAGUUGCAGAGCUGCGCAGACGCCAUGCAGCGUCCAAGCUGCGCGAGAUGAUAGAUGCAAGCGGGGAUUAUGAUCGGUGUAUCACGGACUGCUUCACGGAAUAUCCUACAAGAACUUUUCAGGACGAUACGUUUCUUUCUAAACCGAACUCCGCUUACGAUUGGCUGCAGUUUCACGACAUGAUUUCAUCUAAAGUUUUCUCAAACCAGGACUGGGAGUUGAAUCCGUACCUGAGCCAGUCAAUUCUGGCAUUUCAUCACUUGUUUGCUAGUGCUACUAGUUCCUCGAAUAAGAGAAAAUUCGAAGACGAAAACACAGAAGAAGAAGACCAUCCAUUUUCCGGACCCAGGGCAGACUUUGCGGCGUUUGAAGCACUCAAACAGAAUAAAUCAACACUUGUCAGUUUUCAGUCAACCUUUUCUGCACCACUCAUGAGACUGUUCCGCUCUGUCGACUGUGUUGCUACUGAUCUGGUGCCGAAUCUUGUGCGCAUGCUAUCGCCCGAUAUAAAGCCGGUCGUUGUGCGAGGUAGUGAUCAAAGCAAUGUUGCCAGUGUCAGAAAAGAGAGCGAAAAGGCACUGGUUCUUUCUGCAGUAAAGGUGAUGGGUGGCUUGGGCGUGACGUUUGAAAGGGUGCGUGUAGGAAAUGAAGGUUCCCACACUGGGUGGGUAUACAGAAUGGAGCCGCCUAUCGACACAUUAAUCUGCUUUUCAAAGACGAAGGGCACCAUUCUCGAUACUAAUGGCGCAGGCCCCGUACGCUACGCCAUUCGACAGGUGCUUGAUCAGGAGUACCGCAAAGAGACACUGCGCAAACAGGGAGAAAGCUCCCAGGCCAAAAUGGGACUUCCGUCGAGCAGUAGUAACAAGGAUUCAAAGCAAAAACAGACGCAUAAUGAUGACGAUAAGGAGAAUGGCUCUAAGACAAAGUCUGGUGCGGAUGCAGCCGUCAAUAGAGAUUUCUUUGGCAGGGUCAUUCAAAAUAAUCAAUCUGGCAGUGCUGCGCGCCCGCAGAAUCAUAAACGUAAAUCGAGUGGGCAUGGACAUGACCGCAAGGUAUGGGUGACAUUUCACGAAGGAUUUUCAAACGCAGUACGCAAGCCAGUCUCGAUGGCCGAGCUGUUAGCCGAGCUAUAG